CCAGUCGUCGCGAGACGGAGAUCGAGAGCGCGAGCGAGAGACUGAGGCGAUUCGGAAGAAAUCUUUCGACUAAAAUAAAACCUUCCCUUUUCCCUCCUUGAACAAUUCGGCGGCAGCAGCGGGGAGGGUAGUUACCGACGCUGGAGUUCAAAAAUCAGGAAUUCUGUUUCAUGAGGUGUAAUGGUCCUCUGUCAGUAGACAGCUGAAGUUGCUUGCUGAGUGGAAGAAGACUGACUUACGAGAUUCUUGCCAUGUGUGUACAAAGAAAAUGGGUGUUAAUGCUUCUACCUACCCAUAUCCAUCAUGUCCGACAGCUGGGGUGAAAACACAAUCUUCCAAUGCAGUCGGUGAAUCUCCUUCGCAUCCACAGUUUGGAUGUCAGCCAGAGGGGAAGUUCUGCAUCUCUGGGUUCAGCCAGGACAAACGUGAGAAGAAGCGGAGCUCUAACCUCGCCUUGCUGAAGAAGAAGCUGUUCAGGCGACGGAAGUCAGCCAAGGCAGCUGACCAUGCCAAACACAUGCGUGAACUCCUUUGCAGUUGGGACGUGCGGGAUGUAGGUCUGUUGGUGAAGCAGUAUGAAGCCGCAUUGGCUGUGAAGGAGCUGGUGAUUCAGGCAUGUGUAGCCAGGCCAGAGGCCAGCCGGUUAAAUGAAGACCUGGCAAAGCUCUAUCAGUUCAAGUACUGUACAGAUGUGGACCUGGUAUUCCAAGGUACGUGCUUUCCUGUCCACCGUGCUAUACUGGCAGCCCGGUGUCCUUUCUUCAAAACUCUCCUUUUAUCCAACUUGGACCGUGCUGAGCUAGUCAUGGACAUCAGCACUGUUGGAAUAGACAUGCAAAUACUGUCAUCCCUUUUACACUACUUGUAUAGUGGAGAAUUUGGCAUGCAAGACUCCCAAAUUAAGAAUGUUGACAUUUUGGUCCGCCUCAGCGAAGAGUUUGGGAUGCCGAAUGCGCUUCACUUCGAUAUCUACAGCCUCCUGGAGAGCUCUUGCUAUUAUGAUGCAGUCCUAAGCUUUACCUCUAAUCCCGAUGCCUCUGACAACUUUGAAGGAUGCUGCCUAGAUGGAGAGUUCCGCUGUCACAAGGCCAUCCUGUGUGCUCGCUCUCCAUUCUUCCGCAAUCUCCUCCAGAAGCGCAUUCGCACUGGUGAAGAGACCACAGACCGGACCUUGCAGACUCCAGCUAGGAUUGUGUUGAACGAAGCAAUCAUUCCAAAGAAAUACGCAAAAGUUAUUUUGCACUGCAUGUACACUGACCUGGUUGACCUAGACUUGGUUCUGCCUUUCAGCCCAUCAACUGGUAGCUUAAGAGAAGUGCAGGAUGAAACUGGGAAGGACAGUGAGAGCCGAUUGGAAAGUGCUAUGGAGCUGUUCCAUAUAGCACUCUUCAUUGAGUUCGAUAUGCUGGCACAAGGCUGUGAGGACCUGAUUGUUGAGAGUGUCACACUGGACUCUUUAAUUCCUAUCCUGAAGUGGAGCUCCCAACCAUAUGGAUCCAAGUGGGUCCAUCGGCAAAUGCUGCAUUUCCUCUGUGAGGAGUUCAGUAACGUCAUCACUUCUGACAUUCUGUACGAGCUGAGCAAGGAGCACCUGAUGGCUGCCAUCCAGUCAGAUUACCUGCAGGCAAGUGAACACGACAUCCUGAAGGCUGUGAUUAAGUGGGCAGAAAACCAGCUGGCAAGGCGUCUGUCAGAUGAAGAGCCCAAUUUACUGAACGGGACAGCGCACAGUGUCAACAAACGCGGAGUGAAGAAGCGAGACUUGGACUCGGCCCAACUCCGUGAAAUAGUUUCCGAUCUGGUGCCCCACAUACGCAUUGCUCACAUCCUUCCAGCAAAGAGCGAAGUCUUGGCUGAUGCUAUGAAGAGAGCGUUGAUCAGCUCGCCCCCGUUGGAUAUGCUCCCUCCCCCAGAGGGCAGGAAAUCCAGGGCAUGGUUUUGCCUUAAGGCCUCGGGCAUCGGUGCCAAGCCCCGAUUGUUUACCCCAUACAUCGAGGAAGCCAAGAUUGUUUUGGAAGAACUCAUGUCGGAGCAGACGAGUUUGGAAAAGGUACGAAUGAGUCGAAUUUCUAGCGUUCCAGAUACACUCUACAUGGUUGACUCUAGUGUGGCAGACUUUUCACACAUGAAUGCUGGAUCCCCCCACGGCUGUGAUGAAAGUGUUUCUGCAACUCUCCAUGAAGAAGUACCUGUGCCUCCAGUUGAUGUAGCUAAGUCCAUGCUUAGGCGCCUUAAGGAGAUCUGGCAAGGUGACCCGGUGCAGAGGGCUUACGCUUUAAACAUUGGUGCAGGGGCUGCUGUCACCCGGGCCGUAUACUUGCGCGUGGUCCGAGAGUUUGGCCUUCCUGAUGCAGCGACUGAACUGUUAAAGUAUCCUGCGGUAUAUUUUCCUAAUGACCAUCUUGGCAUCGAUAGUCCGACGUUCCCAAAACGUCAGCCAAACUCUCGACGGACCACUCCAGUCAAGGAAACCAACAUCCUGAGCCUGGAUCCUUUCAGGAAUUUCAGCCCACCUCUCCCACCACCACCUCCUCCUUACCAUCUUCCUCCAACGCCCAGGAGGGACCGCGCACUGCCCAGUGAAAAGAAAGAAGACAGCCAGCCUACCUCAUACUGUGCUUUGCGUGCUAACCAGCAGCCACAUUCUGGUUCUCGAACUUCAGAACAGGCGGUCCAGGCCAGCAUCAGAGCUAUAAACUGCGAGGAGCCCCCUGACAACCAUGUGACCCUCGAGGAGCAGAGUUCCAAAAGUUUGGUAAAAGACUUGAUGCCAGACAUUGCCAUGGCAGCUGGGUCAAAGCAGAAUUUGAGCUCCAAAGACCCUGAGCUGUGUAAGCCUGUCACUGAAUCUGUUCGAGACUCUACAGAGCCCCCCAUGGAAUCAUCUGAACCACUCUGCGCAAAUCGCGGUAUCAGUAAGUACAGCUUAAGGAAGAAGAAACACUCACGAGGUCAGAAGCCCCGAAGGCACAUAGACUUCUGGAACUAUCCUGAUUUUUAUGAUUUUUCCCCCGAAGAUUCUUGCCAAACCUCUGUUUUGUCCCAAAAGUUGCCUUCUCCUUCUCCUUCCCCUUCAAAGGGCCUUGCUUUCUGUCAGGACUUGAAGAAUAAUUCCAGGUUCCCAGCUGGUUUGAAGCAAGGCCAGAUCACCCCCACGUCACCAUCCAAAAGGAAAGAGGCCUUGAGCAGUGAAUCUGUAGAUCCUCAGGAGAAACCUGAACUUAAGAGGACUUUGGUAAAACUUGACCCAUCGUCUACAGUUGAGGUUGUCCAUUCUACUGCUGGCACGGAUUUGACCCAUGGUUUACCAGCUCAUGAGGAACGGCUGCUCGACACCCAUCAGCAACUUGGAAGGUCUGACCAGCAACUACCUUUGGAUCCAGCUAGCUAUAAAGCCACCUCUGGUGGGACUCUAAUGGGGACGGACUUGAUACAUGGCUUGCCAGCUGAAGAGCAGAUACCCAGAGCUAGACUCGCAUCACCUGUCAAGUGCUCAUUUCUCACUUGCGAGCCACCGGCUUCUCAGUCAAGACAACGGAACUCCCCACAGACCACAGUAAAAUUGGACAGCCUUUCUUCCCCAGAGCCGAGCUGUUGUGAUUACCUUUACCGGAGGGGCGGGAAUGGUGUGGCAAUGACAACGGAUUUGACUUGCAGUCUCCCUACCAGCCCCAGUGUUGGUAUGCCAUUAAUCUCAGUUAUCGAGGAUUCCUCUGGAAGGAGACGAGCUGACACAAACCUCCUCUCACCAUCAAACUGUUGCAUCACCCAUAGCGUUAACUCCAAGAGACAACCGAGUAAAUCAGAGACGAGAGACUUUCCUUACAAAAAAUCAGCUCUAUAAAUCUGAUAUUUGUAUUCCUGGUCUGUUACAUUUUUAUAUUUCUUUCUUUUCUUGCCCCUACCCCACCUUCUCCAAAGGGUGUCCGGUACGUGAAAAUAAAUGAUAUGGUGCGACUAGAGCUUU